CAAACGAUGUGCGUCCGCUUCCUUUGCAUCCGCAUACGCAUCUUAAUUGAGCUUUAAUUUUCCUUUAUCUAUUGCCGAAACAGUCAUUACAUGUGUAUUUUGUGUCUUGUUUAAGUGUUGUGUUGUUUGCAUCCGUUUCAAUGUGUUUUAAAGAUGAACAGCGUGGAAGAGAUAGAAGAUUUUUACGGUGUGUAUUUGUUGGUGAGCAAAAGCCCCAAUCCCAAGUUUGCCGGUCGCACCUACAUUGGCUAUACUGUUGAUCCGAACCGACGCAUAAAGCAACAUAAUCGCGGAGAAGACGCUGGCGGUGCUAGACGAACAUCCAACCGUGGUCCAUGGACGAUGGUUCUAAUUGUACAUGGCUUUCCGAACAACAUCUCUGCACUACGGUUCGAAUGGGCAUGGCAGCAGCCUCGCGUUUCCCGCCGGCUUAAGCAAAUGCCCGAGCUGCAGAAAAAGUUACGCAAAGAAUCGAACUUCGAGUACAACUUUCGCAUACUGACGGAGAUGCUGCGAAUGGGACCGUGGAACCGAUUGCCACUCGUCGUCCGCUGGUUUGCGGAUGAAUUUCAUCGGGAAUUCGAGGUUGGGAAAAAGCCACCCCUACACAUGCCCAUCUGUUUCGGUCGUAUCAAGAAGGUGAGGCGGAAGAAAGCGAACAAGCAACCGAUAGAAGGGCGGCACACUGUGCAUCCGUCAGCGGCCAAACAAACCGUAUCGAAUCGGGCGAAGAAUAGUAAAAUAGCGAUCAAUUACGAUUUCGAUGAGUACGAUCUGCUUGUAAUGGGUGGUGAGAAAAUCGAUGAUGCUGGUGAUGCUGCUGCUGUAAACCGCCCCAGUGUGCCACCGAUUAUGCCAGCGACAACAAUGCCAGCCGACGAGAGUGUGGUGAUUAGUUCCGACUCCGAGAGUGACAACGGCACGGCUGAAGGGGAGCAUGCUUCACAAUUUACGGCGCAAAAGUGUACCAUCUGCGCUGGUGAGCUAAUGCUGGAGCAGGAGAAGGAGGAGAUGAAGGAGGACGCUGAACAGCGGCAGAGUGAUUUAAUUUUAAGAUGCUUACAGUCACGAUGUCCGUUGACCUGUCAUGUGGAGUGUUUGGCCGAACUGGUCCUAGAACCGGGUCAGUACGUUCCGGUCGAAGGCGACUGUCCGCACUGCGAGGGACACUUUCUGUGGGGUGACAUCAUACGCAAAGCGAACGGUUGUAGCGAUUUGGUAGACGAUACAGACAACGUUGACCCAGUUGUGUUGGAUGAGGUGUCGGAUGAAGGUGAAUAAACUGGGUGCCGUGUGUUGAAGGAAGUGGAA